AUGGUGGAGAAGCAGAACUUCCUGGAGUCCAUUGCACAGUGCUUCAGCGACUUGGUGCUCUCAUACCGCGCGGAACAGCGGCUGUGCAACUCGGAGAUGUUCUCCGCCAUCAUUCUCUUCUACGGGCUUUCACAGCUCAACAAGAUCGAGAACCGCGCCGGCUUCUGCCGCGUCAGUGUGGUGGAGCGGAUGGGGGACGCGGAGCCGAUGCACGUCUUUGAGUCACCAGCGAGCAGCGUCGACUUUGGCAGCGUGUACCGCGAGCUGGCGUACCUGCCCCGUAUGUCCCGCACCCGCCACGUGCGCACUGCCCUGAAGCUCAUCCAUAGCUGGUGCCAGCGCGAGUGGUUCCGCUUCUUCCACCUCUGUCGCAGUGAGCCGCUGACGGUGCUGCAGCGGGCGAUGGUGUUCCAGUCCUUCUCCUACGCGCGAUUUCGUGCUGUGGUGGACCUUGUCACGGCGAACGCGGUGGUCUACAACCGGACGCGUCUCCGCGGCGACAUGCCAAUUGCGGAUCUCGCGGACCUGCUGAUGCUGCAGCCGGCGCACUGCGUGGAGCUGCUUGAGACGAUGGGGCUGGCAGCGCAGCUGAGCGACGACCACACGCUGCUUCACAUCGCCCGCCCCGACGCGACGCCGUACACGACGCAGGAGGCCAUAUACCGCCACCUUGAGGACACCGGCGGCAAGCCGCGGCUGUGCCUGCCGACAAUGCCGGAGUUCUUUGGAUUCACGGUCUGGCACCGCGCGUUCGAGUUGUUCCCCGACGAGCUCGGCCCAGACGUGGCGGGUUCGCCGCACGCCGACCUGAGCUGCAUGACGUGCCCGGUGAAUCUCAUGCAGCUGCUGGAGCCGUACUGCCCACCGUACAACGCCGACGUCGCCGCGCUGGAGCUGACGGACGCGGGGAACGAGUGGUUCGCCGAUGUGCAGGAGACGCGGGAGCGGAUGCUGCUGUGGAACGCCACACACGUUUCGCACCAUCGCCCUGGCAACGCAGUCGGCGACGAUGCUGGCAAUGAUGAUAGGGAUGAUGACGAGGAGGAGGAGGAGGAGGUGGAGAGCAGUUGGAGUGGUGAGAUGGCGCAGGGGAGGCGGCGCGCCAUCCUGGCGGCGAUGGACUGCGAGAGCAAGUCGACACAAAGCUCCAUCUUCGACGAUUAUGAGAGCAUCAGGGGAAGCAGCAGGAGCACCAACGUUGGCGACAACACGGAGACAACGCAGGCGGAAGGGGCGGUGGGUGACGACGACGACAACAACAAUGAGGAGGAGGAGGAGGGUAAGGCGCUGCACGAAGCCAAGGCGCUGUUGAAUUCGCUGCGAGGCGACUCGAUGUACGCGAAGAUGCGCGAGGAGCUGCAAAAGAAAGAGUGUAUGGAAGCCCCAUCCGCACGCAAGCAGGAUGCCGCCGGCGACGCAAACAAUGCGCCGGUCUCGCACGGCGGGAAGGAGCCGAAACACGAACCAAAGCAAAAGCAACAACAACAACAGCAACAAGAACAGAACCAACACCAGCAGCAGGCUGCGGGUCCGUGGUUGAGCCUGCUGCCGCAGAAGGCCAUGGUGGAGGUGACGCCGCUGCCGAGCGACUACCCUGGCGAGAUGUCGCCAAGCCUGCGGGCCACCGUCGAGACGCCGACGAGCCUCACUGCCACGUCCGCCGAUGACGCGGAAGCGGGCGUUGUCUUGCAGGCGGACGGAGGCCGGCAACCUUUACUUCCGCCAGCAGCAGCAGCAGCAGCAGCGUCUUUCCCUUUCUUCCCAAGCGCCUCUUCUCGCGUACCGAUGGCUGCCUUACAGCGUCCCAAACAGCAGCAGCAGGAGGCGGAGAAGGAAGAAGAGGACGAGGAAGAGAAAAAUAAGGGCGAACAGGCGCCCUCGAAGCGGCGGCGGGAGGAACCCGCGUCAUUCACCACCCUUCCAUUGCCGUUAACUCGUGAAGAGAAACAAGAAAAGGCCUUUGAUAACAGUCGCAAGACAUUCGGGGCGGAGCACAGCGUGCCGCUUCCGAUCGAGAAGGAAGAGUCAUCAUCGGACGAGUCCGCUGAAGCUCAGCCACGGCGGUUGCGGGUGGAGAAGGCACCGCCGCCGCAACAGCAGGCGCCAUAUGAUCCACAUGGCAUGCGGAAGGUGACGUUUGCAGUGUCCUCCGCCUCCUCCCCCGCCCUUGCCAGUAAGGCACAGCAGCGACGUCUGCCGUCCCCGUUGAAGGCAACAGCCAGCAUGAAGUGUGCAGCGGCGUCGUACCAGGACACGGUCCGUGCGUACCUGCAGAGGCAGCGCAGCGCCCCGUGCGGAUCCACCGCGCCCGCCCCCUCCCACCGUGCCUCGCUGCAGCAGCAAGAGUUCUUUUCAUCACUGCUGGCGGAGGCGAGCGAGGCGGUGGAAGAUGACGCACCGCAGUGGAUGCGCAGCUUCACCAAAUACCUCAUCCGCUUCUUCGCCGCCUCAUUCGGAAACGCGGCGGCGAGCAGGUAUAUGUCUGAGGUUUUGUGCGGCGAUCCCGACGCGCAGGCGAGCGGACUAGCGGGGUGGAUUUGUCGCGGCUUCACGCCCACAAUCGUGUCACAUCCGAAGCUGCAGCUGCAGAAGCAGCCGCCUGUUGCUGUUGGUGUGGCGGUGGAGAUGCCGGUGCUGCGCCUCGCCUCCACGGUGGUCGUCUUCGGCAGUGGCAUGCGCGAAGCUGACAGCGGUGACGACGCGGAUGAUAAUGGUAAAUGCGGCGGCGAUGGUGCAGCCCGCUGCUCGCUGCGCCGCUCAGUGGUGCGCGGUACGCUGAAGGAAGGGGCGCUGGGUGCGCUGCUGACAGGCACCGACCCCGAUGCCGCGCUGACGGCCGCAACAUCCAUGCAGCCACUCUCGCUGGGGCGCAUGAUUGCCGCGCUGCUGCUGCCCCAGCGGGAUGGUGCGUGCCUCCUCGCGCGGGGCGCCGUCUACUCGACAAAGGAGGAAGAAAAGGGGGAGGAAGACGACGCCGAUGGCGGCGAGCAGAUUGGCCUGUGGGAGCAGCUCCAUUCCCUGCGCACCGCGGAAGCAGCAGCAGCAACACGCCUGUCCCAAACAGCAGCGGAGCAGCACCCACCACUACCAGCAGCGGCGGCACAUCCCCGGCUGCAGGAGGCGCUGUUGCAUACACAGCUUUCACUGUACGGCGUGGACUGUCGCGAUGUGCCGCGCCUGCGUUGGGCGGCACCGCGCGGCACAUCCACGGGUGGGCCUGUCGAGCAUCUUACUGCUGUUGUUGCACUCGACGCGACGAGGCGGGCGGAGUACGAAGCGGGCCUCGACACGCUGCAGCUGCUGGUGCAGCACGCGGCGGAGCAGCGGGGAGUCUUUCUCGCCGGUGUUCUCGUCGUGCUGCACGCUGCCAGCGCCGCCGAGGACGCGAAUUUGCAGCAAACGGUGGAGGACUUCUUUUGGGCGGAGUGGCGGCGACGCUCAGCGGGCGCAGCAGCGGCAGCGGAGGCAGCAGUGAAGGAGGAGGCACCAGCCUGGCGUCGCGCGUACCAGAGCACGAUACGCCGCACGGUUGGUGGUGCGAAGCGCGAGACGACGUUUGCACACGACUCGUGCAUGCAGCGGCGCGGUACGAGCAACAUGGACAGCAGCAGCACCAGGCACGUCGGCGGGGCGCCGAAAACGGUGCGCGGCUUCUUUGGCCGCGGUGAUGGCCAUGAGGUGGGCAACGCAGCCCGUGCGAGCAUCGCCGUCAGUGGGGCUGCCAUGCAGAGAAAUGCGCCAAGUCCUGUUUUCGUCGUUCUGCCCCUCCGCACUGCCGUCAGGGGCGGCGGCAGGAAGCCCAGCAGCAGCAGCAGCAGCGGGGGUGGUGACUUCACCGCCAUCAACGCGGCGGUGCUGCGGUCCGCUUUGCUGCGCGCCGUUGACACAUUGCUGUGCGGCUACGAAGAGAAGUGGAAGGAGUUCCUGCUGGAGAAUGACAUGGGGGCGAGGGAGAGUGUGCUGCGUCACGUCGCGCCAACGACGUGUAAGUAG